AUGGAGCAUCCCAAUGCCGGCAAGAAACCAGGAUACCAGUCCCGGACUGUUCCGCAGUACCGAACUUCUCCAUCCUACGCUGGUCCUAAUUCCUACAGUCGAACCACAUCGCAGUACUACACUGUUCCAUGUCAACCCAUGAUGGCGGAUCUCCCUGUCAGAGAAAAUCCUCGCACUACGAAAGUUCCCGCAGCCAAGAUCCCCAAUGCUGAAGCGACCUUGAAAGUCCUCCAGAUACCAUGCGAUGGCUCCCACAUGAAACUGAUAUCCGUCCCUCUUCUCGUUAUCAGCCCCGAGAUUGUCGAGAGCAACCAUUCUGACGGGCUGGAAUCCCAUCUUCGGCACGUCCCCAAACUCUGCAACAAGGGCGCCAUGUCCUUCGAAUGGCACAGUCGCUCGCUGGAUACUAUGUCUGCCGCCCAACUGGGUCCCAAUUGGAAGGAGGAUUAUUUCAUGUACAAGUGCAAUGAUUCGAAGGCGGGCCUCAAGGCCAACGCAUUCUUCGCUCGCGUUCAUGGGGCGCGCGUAUACGGAGAUGCGUUCGUCUUCAGGAUGGAACCGGACACUUAUGAUGGGUUUACUGGAAGGGCAGAAUAUGUGGACAUGGACCACGGUUUUGCCAAGCAAACUGGAGCCAUGGAACUACUCGAUAAUUUGGCUGUGUUGUAG